AUGGAACCACAUCCAUUUCACCCUAUCCGCCCAGUCGAGGCGAAAAUUCUUCAAACAUCAUUCCACGGAGAGGAGUUCCCUAAGGAGGUGCAGGGACCCGCCGACGUCGACGAGAUACUAGAAAUCGAACAACUCUGUAUUAAUCACCCAGUAGUUCUCGCCGAAGUUGAAAAACUGAAGCUUUCCAGCUGGCAUCGCCGUUCUCAAUGA